GAACAGUGCCUGAAGCAGGUCCACCAUGCCGUUAGUAACGAGGAACAUUGAGCCAAGGCACCUGUGCCGUCAGACGUUGCCUAGCGUUCGAAGCGAGCUGGAAUGCAUGACCAACAUCACCCUGGCAAAUGUCAUUCGACAGCUGGGCAGCCUGAGUAAAUUUGCAGAAGACAUAUUUGGAGAGUUAUUUACCCAAGCCAACACCUUUGCCUCUCGGAUGAGCGUUCUAGUCGAGAGAGUUGACCGCCUGCAAGUCAAAGUCACUCAGCUGGAUCCCAAAGAGGAAGAAGUCUCCCUGCAAGGCAUUAACACCAGGAAGGCCUUCAAAAGCUCCACUACUCAGGACCAGAAGCUCUUUGACAGAGAUUCUCUGCCCGUGCCUGUCCUUGAAACCUAUAGGACCUGCAAUACUCCUCCACCUCUCAACAUUCUCUCACCAUACAGGGAUGAUGGCAAAGAGGCACUUAAAUUCUACACAGAUCCUUCCUAUUUCUUUGACCUUUGGAAGGAGAAGAUGCUUCAGGACACCAAGGAUAUUAUGAAAGAGAAGCGGAAACACAGGAAAGAGAAAAAGGAGAAUCCCAACCGAGGCAACGUGAACCCGCGGAAAAUCAAAACCCGGAAAGAGGAGUGGGAGAAGCUGAAAAUGGGACAAGAAUUUGUUGAGUCAAAGGACAAACAGGGUCCUGCUGGGUACCCUGCUAACAUGGUGUAUCAGAACGGCAGCAUCGGUUCCAACGAAAGCAUGGACGGGAGCUGCUACCCGCCACCGCCGCAGAGCGACUCCAUUGUGCCACCACCUCCUUCCUUCCCAGAUGACAGCCUGCCUCCACCCCCGGUGGAAUUUAGCUAUCCUGCAGACAACCAAAGAGGUUCUGGUUCUGGAGGAACCAAACGAUCCAGCCUGGUUAGCCCCAGCCACCCUCCGCCGGCUCCUCCGAUCGGAUCCCCCUCAGCAGCCCGGCCGGGCUUCGCUCCCCCUCCGGCACC